AUGCGCGCCAAGGCAGUUGCGAUCGCGAAGGAGGCAUUCGAGAAGGCGAAGAAGGAGGCCAAGGACCCGGAGAAUCAGAAGAAAGUGGCCAUAGAAGCGGCGAAGAAGGUCGGCAAGACGGCUCUGAACGCCCUGCUGCCCGGAAGCGGGCACGUGAUGGACGCGGCGGAAGCGGCGAAGUUCUUCAAGGAGCAUAUCUGGCCCAUCAUCAAAGCGGAGCUCCAGAAGCUCGCCGACGAGGCGGCGGCGGAGCGCCAGAAGAGCUAUCAGGCGAUCAAAACGCCGCCCCAGACUCCCAAGGCCAAGAAAGGCGGGAAGGAGCAGGAGGCUGUAGCACGGCAGACGUGGGAGCUGGAGAAUCGAAUCGAGCCGUUGGCGUCCGCUGACGUAGACACGAUCUACCGCUAUGACGAGCGAAUCCACGCGGACGUGCUGUCGCAGAAGCCAUGGACCAAGGACCCGCACUAUUUCAAAAAUGUCCGAAUCUCCGCGCUCGCGCUGCUCAAAAUGGUCGUGCACGCGCGAUCAGGCGAUACCAUAGAGGUGAUGGGCAUCAUGCAGGGCAAGGUGGUGGACGGCACAAUCAUAGUCAUGGACGCGUUUGCACUGCCCGUGGAGGGCACGGAGACCCGAGUCAACGCCCAGGCUGAGGCGUACGAGUACAUGGUCGAGUUCACCCAGACGAAUAAGAGGGCGGGGAGGCUAGAGAACGUGGUGGGGUGGUACCAUUCCCAUCCAGGGUACGGGUGCUGGCUGUCAGGCAUCGACGUGUCCACUCAGAUGCUCAAUCAGGAGUUCCAAGAGCCCUUCCUCGCCGUCGUCAUCGACCCCACACGCACCGUGUCUGCUGGCAAGGUGGAGAUUGGAGCGUUCCGCACAUACCCCAAGGGGUACAAGCCGCCAGAUGAGCCGCCCUCGGAGUAUCAAACCAUUCCUCUCAACAAAAUCGAGGACUUUGGCGUGCACUGCAAGCAGUACUACUCACUAGACAUCACAUAUUUCAAGUCGUCACUCGACUCGCACCUCUUGGACCUGCUGUGGAACAAGUAUUGGGUCAACACGCUCUCCUCCUCACAGCUUCUUGCCAACCGUGACUACGUCGCCGGCCAGAUCUCCGACCUUGCGGAGAAGCUGGAGCAGGCAGAGGGGCAGCUGGCGCAUUCAGGACGCAUUGGGGGGUUUCUGAUGCCACCGCAGAGACGCAAGGAGGAGGAGUCGCCUCUGAGUCGGUCUACAAGGGACAGCACUCGCAUCACUGUGGAGCAGCUGCACGGACUCAUGUCACAGGUGAUGAAGGAUCUACUGUUCAACUCUGUUGCCGCAGCUAGCAAGCCGGAUAAGGUCCAAUUACAAGCUGCCAGCUCAUCAGGGGGAGAACCCAUGGUUGAAGCCUGA